CUUCCUCUAACUAAGUGUCUAGUAAAACAGAGAAACAGUUGCGCCGUUUCUGCGUUUUAGGCCCGUGUUGAACCUGACGCACACUCGUUGGUGUGCUGAUGAAGUUUUGAAAAGUUAUUUUCUCAGACAUUCAAAUCGGAAAAAAAAACUCGCGUGAGGAGAUUUUUUUGAAAAAGUUACUCUUAUACAUCGGUGUAAAAUUAUUCCUAACAAUGGAUGAUCAGAUGGAAAUAAGCUCCACGACACCCUCGUAUGGCUUUCAGCACGAUGAAGAAUACAGAGCAGACGAACACGUGAAGUCGUUGGUGGACGAUGCAGCUGAUUUAUCGGAAAGAGAGGCAGAUGCUAAAGCUCCAGACGACGAUGAUAUCUUAGAUCUGGCCGGAGGAGCGAAAGAUGCGCUGGAGAGGCACAGGUCCACACUGCCACGUACCGAAGAACCUCUGCUGGACUUUACAGAUCCAGAACCAGAACCAUCAUCCACCUCUAAACCAGAGCCAGAAGCUGUCAAACCAGCACCGAGCAGUGCGUUUGGAGACGCAACAGCAAAACCGACAAAAUCAGAAGAAAAAGAAGAGGAAUCAUCAGUCACACCAUCCAAAUAUAAAUCUUGUUGUUCAUUGGUGGACCUGCUGUAUUGGCGAGAUCUGCAGAGGACGGGGGUGGUGUUUGGAGCCAGUCUGUUCCUGCUGCUGUCCCUGAGCGUGUGCAGUAUUAUCAGCGUGAUCUCCUACGUGGGCCUUGCCCUGCUGUCUGUCACCAUCUCCUUCAGGAUAUACAAAGGCAUUUUACAGGCUGUUCAGAAGUCAGAGGAUGGCCACCCCUUCAAGAUGUAUCUGGAUAAAGAUGUCGGGAUCUCUUCGGAGUUGGUUCAUAAGUACGGUGACAUGGCUCUGGCGCACUUCAACUCUUUGAUUAAGGAGCUGCGACGACUCUUCCUGGUGGAGGAUCUGGUGGACUCGCUCAAGUUUGCAGUUCUGAUGUGGAUCCUGACCUAUGUUGGUGCCUUGUUCAAUGGUCUUACCCUUCUUAUUUUGGGUCUCAUAGGUGCUUUCAGUUGGCCGGUGAUCUAUGAGAAGCAACAGGCACAAAUUGACCAUUACUAUGGACUGGUGAACAAGCAAAUCAAAGAUGUUUUGGGAAAGAUCCAGGCCAAGAUUCCCGGAGCAAAGCCAAAGACAGAGUGAAGAAAGUUAGCUAGUGUGUUAUUUCCGUGCACGAGAAGUGA